AUGGCGUCGGGUCACUCGCAAGACAGCUCUUCGGAUGCGAAUUCUAGCUCGCAUUCAGAUCAGGUACGGACCGACCCAACUAGUCCGAACGCCCCUCAGGUUUCGCAACAAGAGUCCGCAUCGAACUCAGAAGAAAAACCACAUAGUGUCGCGGACGCCUCGGCGAACACCGCUCUAGCCCAGAAAAUCAAGGACAAGGACCCCGAGCAAGCCAUCGACAAGCCGACGCAAGAGUUUAGGAAAAAACGAACCAGCUCAGCCAGCUCCACACCAAGCCAGAAACCCGUGGAUGACAGACAUGACUUGGCGGGGCCACUUCCGGAUCUACGUCCGUUGACCCCAGCUAUCGGCACUGUUCGAAAAGACUCGCCGGGAUCGAGCCGUGAGCGGGAUGUGAAAGACGGUGAGGAGGUGAAUCCCGAACCCGAUGUACAACCAGGCAUUCAGUUACGCAAGGCUAUCUUCGACGGGAAAGAGAGGGUGACAGAGAGAGAUGCAAGGCUGUCGGAUGUGGAUCCCGAACAGAUCACGCUAGGGAGACCUCAGGAUUCUCAGCCGAAAACAUUAUCACAGGAACUGGCGACUGAUGGGGCGAAACGACCUCCUCUUUAUGAACCAGAAAAUCGUCCAGAGCAACCAACUGACCAGGCGCAGAAAAGGCAACCUCUCCCUGCCAAUAACGUCGCGUCACCUUUCGAUGAUCGGAAGCCGGACUGGCUCUACAGGAAAGCUCUACCAAUAUGUGUACGAAUAGAGCGGUACAAUCCAGUACUCCUGAAGAAGGCACUCAGGUUGUUUGAGAUUUGCGAUUUUGCUUCCACGCCUGACGUUAUCCGAGGAAGCUGUCAAGAUGUGCUAACACGAGAAUGGACGCACAGGGUUCCCUUUGCCCCCUUUAUCCAGCCUACGCCUCCGGCUUUCACUGCCUCCAAAUGCCUGGAUUCUGUCAUCCGAGAAGUGUAUGAGAAGGAUACAGGGCGCGAUGUGAAGAUCUUUGAGUUUUGCGCUGGGAGUAGUGGACCCACACCAACGUUCGAGAGACUCAUCAAUAAGCAUCGCGCAAGCAAGGGUGAACGUCCGAUCCAAUUCACGAUAUCGGAUCUGUAUCCCAAUCAGCAGGCUUGGGCACAACUAAGAGGCUCCUCGCAAUGGCUCGACUUCGAGGACGAGCCUGUUGAUGCGAUCAGACCACCUCCGAAGGCCAUGAGCCGGGGUUCUGUUUUCAGCAAACAUUCAGAUGAGCUGGAAGAGAAACACAACGAACGCGUCUUCAGGCUCUUCAAUUGCUCCUUUCACCACUUUGACGACGACACUGCUAAACAGAUUCUGAAGAGCACAAUGGAAACAUCGGAUGGUUUCGCAAUCAUUGAGCUUCAAGACCGUCGCUGGCUCAUGCUCCUAAUGAUGCUCGGCAAUAUCGCUUUCGUCUGGUACACUGUCCUUGCCACAUGCCGGCUACGUGGGCGUUUCACCUAUGGUGUUCCUAAUGUUUUCUUAUAUCCCUUCCUGUGGGUUGCAGUUAUCCUCGUACUUCAGAUCGACGGCUUCGUGUCCUGUCUACGUACUCGAGAGUUUGGAGAAAUCACUCAACUGGUCAAGCAAGCUGCAGAAGAGGAUGGCGAGAUCUUUAUAAGGACUCGAUCACAGGGCGACGAGCGUCUUCAGGUAUACGAUGUACCAUCGUGGGAGAUAAGAGCUCAUGAGAAAGUUAUGCAUACGCUGCCGGUUGGUUACAUCCGCAUGAUCACGGGUGUCCGAACGGUGCCAACCUAG